AUGAAAGUGGAAGAAGUGAUGCCAAAAGAAGAACGAAUGGCUGAUCUUCGUUAUGAUGGCACAAUUCGAAUAUCCAAUCCAGCAAUUGUCACUUACCCUUGCCCUCUACACAUUGACUCCUUUCCUUACGACGUACAGAUGUGCAAUCUAACCAUAGGUCCAUGGAAUCUUGAUAUAUCAGAGGUGAUUGUGAAAUCAUCCGUUGACCGAAUUGAAGGGGUUGAUACACAGUUUGAGGGAAACAGUGAGUGGGACUUGAGUUCUAUCAAAGCAUUUUCUGAAUCAAAACCGGAUUUUUCAGACGGGAGUGUUUACUCGGUCGUGAUCUACCAGGUUGAAUUGAAAAGAAAGCCAGUCUACUACGUACUUGUCAUUCAGGUAACACAAAGAGCUAUUUUUACUUAG